AUGGUGAACGUGUUUACCACGAUCGGUGUCGUUGCGGCUCUGAUCUUGACAAUGGAGAAGACGGGGGAGGCCAUUGAUGGGGAAGAUGUGCAUGCUUCCGAGUGGAUCGACUGCAGCGAGUUUCCCUGCAACACGAUCCAUGUCACUUUGAGUUGGUUCUCGCUCAUUGGCUGCGCCCAUGCCGUGAUGUACACCACCUGCGCCAUUGUGUGGCUCAGUUUGACGCCUGCAGAGGCCACAAGGGACUUCUUCUAUUGGACGCCUUCAAUUAUGCAGCGACCGUCGCAAUCGAUGAUGCUGGGUGUGACCUGUUGGUCCUUUGAUGCGCUGUGGCUCACAGCAAUCAAACAUGGGUCCAAUCUGAUGAUCUGGCUUUCCUUUCCGGCGGUGUUCCUCUUGCUACACGCACCUGGUGUUUGCUGA